AUGGAUAGUACUCGCACCCAACACCAGCAUCCAAAGAAGAAGAAGAAGCACUGUGCCCCUUUGCUUACUCUUACAACAACUUCCACUAAUCCAAACAACCCUUUCUCCAUUCUUCUCUUCUAUUUCGCCAAGUCCCUCAGAGCCCUGUGCUUCAACAGGAUUCACUGCUGCACUCAUGCUUUAGUCAUAACCAACACUCUCAUCUAUGCUUCUUCUUCAAUGGAGCCUGUGACCUCCAAUGAAGCUUCUCAGAAGGGAAACAAAGAGAGCUUUGCUCAUUUGAUUGAAGACACUGAUAAUAAGGCUCGUGAGAGCACAAGCACACCUUCUUCUUCUUCUUCUUCAAGCUCAGAGUUCCUUUCAUCUUCGACCAAUGCCCAUGAUGCAGAAGAACAAGAAAAGAGUCCAAGUAGCACUGAGGAAUCUUCAUCUUCUUCGGUACCUUCAAUGGGGUGGCCGGUUAAGGAAAUUGCUGCAUUGAACUUGGAGAAUCAAGAUGGUAAGAACAAGAAGCACUUGGGGAAUGGGGAAUUUGAGAAACAAGAAUCAGUAUCAGAGAUUGAGAUGAUGAAGGAAAGGUUUGCAAAAUUGUUACUUGGAGAAGAUAUGUCAGGUUGUGGAAAUGGAGUCCCUACAGCAUUGGCUAUAUCAAAUGCCAUAACUAAUCUUUGUGCUACCUUGUUCGGGCAACUUUGGAGGCUAGAACCCUUGCGUCCGGAGAAGAAAGCAAUGUGGCGAAGAGAGAUGGAAUGGCUUCUAUCUGUUAGUGAUCACAUAGUUGAGCUGAUUCCUACUUGGCAAACCUUUGCAGAUGGAAACAAACUUGAGGUCAUGACUUGUCGACCGCGCUCAGAUCUUUAUGUCAAUCUUCCUGCCCUGCGUAAAUUAGAUAACAUGCUUCUUGAAAUUCUUGACAGUUUUGUCAACACAGAGUUUUGGUAUGUAGACCAAGGCGUUCUAUCCCCAGAUGCAGACGGUGUAUCUUCUUUUCGACAAGCCCUUCAGCGACAGGAGGAGAAAUGGUGGCUUCCCGUGCCAAGAGUCCCUCCUUGUGGCCUUAAUGAUAAUUCAAGGAAGCAGCUGCAGCACAAGCGUGAUUGCUCGAACCAAAUACUGAAAGCUGCAAUGGCCAUUAAUAGCAUUACUUUAGCCGAAAUGGACAUCCCUGAGUCUUAUUUGGAAUCUCUUCCAAAGAAUGCUAGAGUCAGCUUGGGCGAUGUGAUUUAUCGUUACAUCACCUCAGAUCAUUUUUCUCCCGAGUGUUUGCUGGCAUGCCUUGAUUUAACUUCUGAGCAUCAAGCCAUAGAGAUCGCGAACCGAGCGGAGGCUUCCAUGUACAUUUGGCGAAAAAGGAUCAACACAAAGCCUGCCAAUAACAUCACUACCAGUGGCAGAACUAGUUCAAGAACAUCAUGGGAAAUGGUCAAGGAUCUGAUGGUUGAUGGAGACAAAAGGGAAUUGUUCUCAGAGAGAGCAGAAAGCCUUCUGCUUUCUCUAAAGCAACGUUUCCCAGGCCUCCCUCAAACGGCCUUAGAUAUGAGCAAAAUCCAAUACAACAAGGAUGUUGGCAAAGCCAUUCUGGAGAGCUACUCUAGAGUGCUGGAGAGCUUGGCAUUUAACAUGGUAGCACGCAUCGACGACGUGCUCUACGUAGAUGACUUGACAAAACACUCUGGACAGUUCACAUCUCACACAAAAGUUGGUGUAAUUACUCACAAGAAUAUUUCAGUGCCAUGCUCAAUGCCUGUCCCAGGCACCCCAUACAAAUCAGCCUUCGGCUCGCCAAGCCUCUCUCCAGCGCAAGGGAUCAGUUCUUUAAGGGGAGGGAAAUCGCCACUCCUUCCCAGCAGCAGCAGCAGCAAUACCAACAGUCCUCAUAGAAGAGUAGGGGUGAAGAAAUCUUUGACUGAUUUUCUUAGCAUUGACACAAAAGGAAAAGGGUAUGAGAGUUCAAAUGAGAAAGUAGCAAGCGAUGAAGUGGCAGCAUUUGAAACAGAUGUGGAGUCAAGUGAUUUCACUGAAGAAGCAGUUAGCCCAAAUAUGCUGCAGAAGGCAUGGUUAGAGUGAGGGAGAAAGAAAAGAAAAAAAAAAAAAAAAAACUAANGAAGCUAUUGAUCUUUUAUAGCUGAGGCAUUGCUGUGCCUUUUCUUUUGAAUCUUUUCAGUCUUUUGUAUGUAUAUGAAUUAUGAAAUGUAGAAGGAUUCAGAUAUUGCAGUAGUAAUGAGAUGCCUCUUAACAAGGGGUUACUCGAUUUGUCAA